CAUGCAAUUAUGGCCACAAAGAUAAUGCUUUUAAAUCCCAAGUCCAGAAUGUUUGGACCAGUAAUUUACUUUUAUUUAUAAAUUUCAUCACCCACUGGUAUUCUUCUACGAAGAGUCUGAGCAGCACAUGUCAUGUGGGGAACACCAAACAAGCCCAAGACUCCUAGUAAAUCAUAAAACAAAGUCCCUUUACCAUAACAGGUUCAGUAUUUACCGCCUUAAUAUGAACAUAUUCGGUAUGUCUCACUCGAAAAGAUAAUGACCCACUCGAAACUAGGCAAGGAAUGAUUCCCUAAGAGUAGAUAUACUGUUUUGUGGAGAUCUUCAGUGAUAGUAUGUCAUAAAAUUGCGAAAAUUAGGAAGUAAACCUCCUUCUUUGUUGAAGAGAUGAAGCUACAUAUUUCUUAUACGGUAACUACACCAUAUGUCUUUUUCUUUUAACUUUUUCCUUUAUUCACACAGUUACAUUUUGUACCACUCUUAUAACCUCCAUUAACUCACACACUUUUCAUUCUUUAUAUUGUCUGUCCCCUCCCAUAGUGUGAAGAAAUAGGAAAGGAUAUUUGUUAAGAAAAAAUCUGGUAGGUCUCACUCUAUAUCAACUGCAGAGUUCAUAUCUUCUUGUAUAAACACACUUAGUUGGCUAUAACAAUGUCUAAUCAUCAGAUGGUAUUUAUGAUUUCACUUAUUCUAUUUGCCGGGUUCUCAUCAGCUUCUGCAACUCCUCCUGCAAAACUUGUUAGUCAGGUUGUCUCCCAUGUUGCUUCUGCUCUAUUUAAAUGGUUGUGGUCACUGAAAACAGAUGAGCCCAUUGCUAUUUCUAGUCGUUCUUUGGUCAAAUUUGAAGGAGGAUACACUGUGGAGACUUUGUUCGACGGAAGCAAGCAUGGAAUUGAACCUUACAGCGUGGAGUUGUCUCCAACUGGAGAUAUUUUGGUUUUGGAUUGUGAAAACAGUAACCUCUAUAAAAUUUCAACCCCAUUGUCUCAAUAUAGCAGGCCUAAGCUUAUUGCCGGCUCAUCUGAAGGGUACCAUGGUCAUGUUGAUGGGAAGCCAAGAGAAGCACGGAUGCACCAUCCGAAAGGGCAUGCAGUGGAUGAUCGAGGAAAUAUUUAUCUAGCAGACACCAUGAAUAUGGCAAUUAGGAAAAUCAGUCAUGCAGGGGUUGUCACCAUUGCAGGAGGGACACGGGAUCAAGGGCUCGGUCAUGUUGAUGGUCCAAGUGAAGGUGCAAAAUUUUCGGGUGAUUUUGAUGUGGUUUAUGUUGGAAGCAGUUGCUCUCUUUUGGUUGUUGACCGUGGAAACCAGGCAAUUCGAGAGAUCCAACUCCAUGAUGAAGAUUGUUCUCACCAACACGAUGAUGAUCUUAAUUUAGGCAUCGCAGUACUUGCUGCAGCUUGUUUUUUCGGUUACAUGCUGGCAUUGCUACAACGUAGAAUUGCAACCAUGUUUUCCUCCCACCGUCAGGAUCCCAGAUAUAUGAAAGAUAUUCCUCCGGUAGCUUAUCAAAAACCUCUCAAGUCAGCCAGAUCCCCCUUGAUCUCAGCUGAAGCUGAACCGGGAAAACAAGAAGGCUUAUUUGGCUCACUGACCAAGCCUUUCAGAGAAACAUUGCCAGGAUUCAGAGAGAAACAACACCAGCAUCAUUUGCAGCAACAGUAUAACCAGCAGCCAAACAGAAAUGAAAAUGCUUGGCCACAAGAGAGCUUCACUAUUCCAAACAAAGAUGAGCCUCCUCCAUUAGAAACAAGCGAUCCAAGAUAUAGCUAUCCUGUCACAACUAAUAAAAUGGAGAAAAGUCGCCAGCUGAAGAAAAGCCGGACGGUCUAUGAGGAUUGGAAUGAUGAUUUUCACCGACAAGAACAGCCACAACAGAUACAACAUCAUUAUCAACAACAACAGUGCCAGCAGCAGCAGCAGCAUCACUCAGCUAAUCCUCAGACUUACUAUGAGCAAAACCGCGAGACAAAUGAGAUAGUGUUUGGGGCAGUUCAAGAGCAAGAUGGACGCCGUGAAGCUGUGGUGAUCAAAGCCGUUGAUUAUGGAAAUCCUACUUACAGUAAUCAUAAUGUUCGAUCCAGAUAUAACUAUAUGGGAUUCUCAUAUGGGUACUGAUAAAAUAUACUUUCAGUCUGCUCUACAUUAUAAAGAAAAUUUUGUAGAUGAUCAUUAAGUAACAGCAGAGUUAAUUUACUGUCCUACUUAGAUUAACUGUCAUACUAU